UUCGUACGUAUCGUGCUACAAAAUAGUCAUAAACUUCGGAAAUGGAGAAGCGAUUUCAUAGGCGUUAAUAAUUCUGAUAACUUCUGAAAAGCGCUUACGAUAUACACGUUCGGUUCGUUUUUUCAAUCGGGAACAGCGUAGGCUUUGUACUACCAUUACACAAAGUAAUUGGUAGUGUCUUAUACCUAUUUGUCAUAUUUGGAGACCGUGUUCGACACGCGAUUAGAACACAUUAUGGCCACCAGGUUCGAUCAACAGAAGACAAAGCAUCAGCUUUUCCAUGUGUCCCUUAGCUUGGCCACAACAUUGAUUUGCAUGGCUUACAUGCAGUAUCGCCGCAAUUGGGCGCAUCUGGGUAGCUUUGGAGACUCGCUGAUAGUGCCCAUUGUGUUUACGGGGGAACUGCUGAAGGUGGUAUUGGCUCGUUUUUAUGGACGCAUCGAGGACGGCGUGCUAACGACCAAGCAGCGCCAGAAGAAGGCCGCUUAUUUCACGCCGAGGGAGCUACUUGGAGGCCUUACGUUGCAGUUUCUGUGCACUCUACUGUAUGCCUUCAUUUGCAUCAUACUGGGCGCACCGGUACUGGCCAACUACGAGCAAACAUUUGUGCUUUCGCUUUUACUGACACUGUUGACGGUUUCGCCGACCGUAUUUCUCUUAGGCGGUGGAGGCGCAUUACAGGUUUGUUUUUGCGAAAAGCCCGAGUUCGUCACUAAGUGUGAGGACACAGCGCUGGAUCUGUUUAAAUACAAUGCACUUGGUGGCAUUCUGGGCGCCUGGGCUGGAAGUGCUGUGGCGCCCCUGGACUGGGGCCGCGACUGGCAGUUGUAUCCCAUACCUAAUGUUAUUGGAGCACUUCUUGGCAGUGCUCUGGGCAAUAUAUACGCCUGUACGCAUGUACUAUAUGCCACUGCCCGGGUUUAUAUAAGCAAAAAAAGUGCUUAGAUAAACGCUUAAACAAUGUUUACCCGGCCACCAACCAAUAAGUUCACUUUUCGCUGCCACAUUAUACAUACAUUAAACAUCGUACAGAAGUAAAAUGCAACUGGUUAUAUUGUAUUCUAGUCAAAGCAGCUGCAGCAACAACGGCAUUACCAAAAAGCAAUUAAUCUAUUUUAGUGUUACGAUUUUAAGCAUUUUUAUUAGCACGUAAUGUAUUAUUCGCUCUUUUUAAAUCAAUCAACUUAAAGAAUAACAUGUAUUAUCACACAAAAGACAUUCAAAUAGUCUAAUGACUUAGCUGCUAAUAAUACAUAAAUAUGUAUACACAACUACAAGAAUAAUAAAACAAAAUGGAAAAAA